AUGUCCAACCUUUACAAGCAGACUGCCGGCGCCAUUAAGGAUGCCAUUAAGGAUGCCAUUGGAAGCAUGGUGGGCAACAAUGAUCUCGCUGACAAGGGCCGCAAGCAGUGGGCCGAGGGCGAGGGCAAGCAGAAUAUGCGGGAGACUCAGACUCGUCGUGAGGAGAAACCCUUAACAUGCACCGCGCUGGCGACUCUGCUAACAAUCAUGGAUGCCAAGGACAACGCUGCGUACCACAACAAGCUUGUCAAGGACAAUGCCAGGUCCGGGUUUUAAACACACAUCGCUGCUGUAAUUUGAAAACACGAAUCAUUUGUAUAAUUUUUGUGUGUUUCAAAUGUUUUUAUAUAAAAAUUAAAUUGACAAUAUUUAUCGACCAACAUUGAUGCCAAAAUAUG